AUGACUUUUCUUACCUGAUAUCAAUAUAUAACAUUUAUUAACAUGCAAAUUUCUGUAAGAGCUUCUGCUGGGAAUUUCAUUAAAUUGAACGCAGAAUCUUCAGAAACUUUAGAAGAUCUAAAAUUAAAAAUUCAAGAAAAAGAAGGAAUUCCUAUAGAUCAACAUGCUGAAGAUCUUCAAAACAAAAUUAUAGGCAUAAGGCAAUUGAAAAAAACGUUUUAGCUGAAAAAAUUAUUUGAAAAGACCAGGCUUUAAAGUCUAAUAGCCAUAAUUUAAUUUUAGUUUAGUUUAUAGAUCAACAGCGAUUAUUUUUUAAUUAUAAUGAAUUAGAAGACUGCCAUUCAUUAGCUCACUACAAUAUUCAAGAACAAUCAAUGCUUUAUUUGGUUUUAGGACCUCGAGAUGGCGGCAUAUUAAUGACAAUUAUAGUUGAAGAGAGGUGCAAUAAUCACUAUGAGAUAUGUAUUAAUUCUCGUGAUACAAUUUUACAUUUAAAAUGUCUACUCAAAGAUCUAUCGGGUAUAACUAUCAAUCACCAACUAUUACUCUUUGGAAAAAACACUCUUCAAAGCUAUUCUACAAUUGAAAGUUAUGGAAUUUGUCCUGGCACUAUUCUUCAUUUAGCUGAAAGAAGACGAAUGUGCUAA